AUGGAGCAGCUCAAUGGGGUCCUUCUGCACCUGGAGUCAGAGCUGGCACAAACCCGGGCUGAGGGGCAACGCCAAACCCAGGAAUACGAAGCCCUGCUGAACAUCAAGGUUAGACUUGAGGCUGAGAUUGCCACCUACCGCCGCUUGCUAGAAGAUGGGGAAGACUUCAGUCUCAGCGAUGCCCUGGACUCCAGUAACUCCAUGCAAACUGUCCAGAGGACAACCACCCACAAGGUUGUGGAUGGCAAAGUGGUGUCCGAGACCAACGACAUGAGAGUUCUGAGACAUUGA